AACAAAAAAGAUUAAAUUCCUUGAUUUUGGUCACUUGGAGCAAAUGUAGACUGACUUUUUUAUUGUCCGAUUUUCGUUAAAAAUAAAAUUUGAAAAUUUCAGGAAAUGUCUGUGAAUUUAAGUAAAUUUGAAAUUCAGUUUCGGGAUUUUUUUUUGAGUCUGCAUGUACUGCCGUGGAUCAAACACUGAUUCAGCUCCAGCUCCGGCCCCGGCGCGGCCGGCCAGCGCGCGGCCUAGGCCCUCAUAACAAUAUUGGAUCUUUGAGUGGUGUCAUGCCAGCUAGCCGUCCGCUGAACUGCAAACUUGAAAGUUGAAACUGUCUGGAACCAGAGCUGCAGAGGAGAAAAUUAAGUGAAGUUGAUAGUCACUGCCAGUAGACGAUCAUGGCGGUCAGCAUCGGUGUUGUAUCGGUCAUCGUCACCUUGUCGGCCAUCUUGACAUACUUCUUAGCAAAGAUCUUGCGUGUUUUCCAUCUUAUCAGCAAGUUUGCUGGACCCCCGGCCCUACCUAUCGUAGGCAACGCCCAUUUACUCAAACAGGAUGCUAGAGACUUUUUCUUACAAAUCGAGGACUGGGUGAAUGAGUACAGACCGAAGACAGGGGGUAGAUUGAGGCUCUGGCUCGGCCCUGUUCCCGUUGUUUUUACCUUUAACUGUCGAGAUUUUGAGGUUGUGAUGGGUAGCAGUAAACACAUCAAGAAAGGCUAUGUUUACAGAUUUCUCCACCCAUGGCUUGGUCUUGGAUUAUUGACAAGUACGGGUCAGAAGUGGUUUCACCGGCGCAAGCUGCUCACCCCGACUUUCCAUUUUUCCAUCCUACAAAACUUCAUGGAUGUUUUCAACGAGCAGAGCGUCAUCUUGACGAAGAAGAUUGAGAAGUUCGCCGACCAAUCAGAGCCUUUUAACAUCUUCCCAGAGAUAGCCUACUGUGUUCUUGAUAUUAUAUGCGACACUGCCAUGGGAAAGUCCAUAAAUGCGCAAGGAGAAAGUGAUAAUGAAUAUGUUAGAGCAGUGAUAAGCAUGUGUGACUUGGUUCAAGAGAGGAUGAAAAAACCAUGGUUUUGGCCUGAUUUGCUCUAUGAUAACCUCGAAUCUGGUAAAAAGCAUGCCAACCAUCUCAGAAUAUUGCACGAUAUGACAACUAAGAUCAUCAAAGAAAGAUUGCAAGAGCCUCCCAGAGUGCUGGACGGCAGCGAUGAAGAUGUGGUUGCUGGAAAGCGAAGGAGGAUUGCAUUCCUUGAUCUCCUCCUCCAGAUGCACAGGGAAGACUCCAGUUUUACUCUGGAGGAUAUCAGAGAAGAAGUGGAUACCUUCAUGUUUGAGGGACACGAUACCACAGCCGCUGCAGCAUCAUGGACAAUCCUCAUGCUUGGCCGACAUCCUGAGGUCCAGACCCGUCUUCAUGAAGAGCUUGAUGAAGUAUUUGGGGAUAGUGACAGACCCAUCACUGCUGAUGAUCUCCAGAAACUCCAAUACCUGAACUGUGUCCUCAAAGAGACCUUGAGACUCUGUCCAUCGGUGCCCAUGAUAGGCAGGGACCUUGAAGAAGACUGUGUCAUAGAUGGUAAAGUGGUUCCAAGCGGUACUCUGGUUGUGCUUGGUAUCUAUGCUCUUCAUCGAGACCCAGAGCAGUUUCCAGACCCCGAGAAGUUUGACCCGGAUCGAUUCUUGCUGGAAAACUCCACCAAAAGACAUCCCUACUCAUAUGUCCCAUUCUCAGCUGGACCCAGGAACUGCAUUGGUCAGAAGUUCGCCCUGAUGGAGGAUAAGAUCAUAAUCGCCAAUCUGAUGAGGAAGUAUUCCGUCCAAGCGAUCCAGUCCUUCGAAGAGACCAACCCUCUCGGUGAACUCAUCAUGCGACCUCGAGAUGGAAUCUAUGUCAAGUUAAGUCGAAGGAAAUAAAAGAGUGCUUUUCUCAUCUGAAAAGUACUCUAAUAAUAUUUACAAUUUGUUCAGACGGUUAUGUGCCUUUAAGGCUUCACAUUUUUGCACAUGGGUGCCCUCACUAUGGCAGUGAAAUGCCUGAAUAAAUUAUUAUAAAUGUCUUUUACAUUCCACUCUUACACCAGCUCAUUCACUUACAGUGUUCGAAAGCGAAAUCAUAAUGCCAAAGCGAUGCCAAAUUUUAUUUUAUCUAUGAAUUGUGAUAACGAUGUAGGCCCAUUAGGAGGAAAAUGUGUUCCUCCAUAAUGGUUUUAUUUUGUACAGCAGCCGUUAGAGGUUCAUCCAGCCCACGUCAGCUUGAAAAGAAAUCUCUACAUAUAAACUGGUCUCAUGAUUUUCAUAUUCAUGAAUGUCUUAUGAAGCCAGUAUACAUUUUAUUGUUUUUAUAAGAAAAUAUAAUGUGACAUUAACAGUGGCCAUUUUAAGUGUCUUACCUAGAAAGUUUUGAAUAAUGAUAAUCAUAAUAAUAACGAAGAAGAAGAAGAAAAAGAAGGAGAAGAAGAAGAAGAAGGAAAAGAAGAAGAGGAGGAAGGAGAAGAGGAGGAGGAUUUAAAACAAAGGGGCAUACAGACGAACAUCAAAUUUAUAAUCAUUUCAGGACCUAGUACACAUGGGACAAUGAAAAUUUAGAUGUUUAAAUGUUUUAAGACAAGCAUAUAAUUCUGUUUAUUAUUAUUAUUAAUUUUUUUGGGGGGUUAAAAGACCAGGAAGAUGAGAAUUAAUCAUCUGUGAUUUGGAGAUUGGGAUUAAACAAGAUAUUUUUCAUAUCUUACAUACAAUAUCCUGCUGUUUAAAAAAGCAAAACUAUUACAUUACAUAUUUUUUGGUAAAUAGUUGUGUUAUAAAUUCAAUUCAGUGUCACCGCUGCUAACACCUGCUUUAUCGUGGUAAUUCUACAAUUUCACGUGCAGUUGACUAUACCAAGUUUAAUACUCAUACCUUUAUAUAUUUUGUACUAAUUAUGUGUGUGAAAUCCUUGACUAAUUGUAUUUUAAUCAUAUAUCAAAUCAUUUAUAUAAUUUGUAUAUGGGAGUUUUUAAGAAACAAGAAAAACUUGUUGGCAUUUGUUAGAUUUUUAGUUGAUUAUUUAUUUUGCUGACUGAUAGAAAGAAGUUUUUCCAUGAAUCAUGAUGCUCUUUUUUAUAUAUAUUAUAAAGAGGUGAAUUACAUAUCUUGCUAAUCCCAAACACGUUUUGGCAGAGAAUCAAAUCAAAUCUGAUCUAUAAAAUCUCAAUGAUCUUAGUUCAGAAUGGUAGUAUGAAUACUAAAAUUAGAAAUACAGGGGAUUACAAGCUGAUUUUUUAGCUGAUCUUUGUAUUAAUUACUGAGCUAUUCAAUUAGUAAUUCAUGAAUGCAGCUUUACCCUUAAUAUUCAAGAGAUGUAAUUAUAGUAUGCCACAUAUCAAUUUUUAUUUCUUUCUUUACCUUUUGGGGAUCGGUUAUAUAAGGUUUCUAUUCACUAAUAGAGGGAUCAUUGCCAAAUAGAAUAGGCAUCAUGAUGACCAUGUAACAAUUUCAUGAGAUGUUGGGGGGUAUAACUAAUAUCUUCUCACAUUUUGAAACACAAAAUAAUUUUUUGUCUUUUGCAUUUAUAUUUCUUUAUUUUGACCUCAUGUACCCAGUCCCUGAUAUAUCAUAUACAUGUACAUGUUCGCUUGAAUGAUUCAAAUAACCAUGUAGCUGAAAUUUUCUUCAAAAGGAAUGAAUUUCUUUAAUGCAUUAGUAGGGUUGUAUAGUUGUUUAUCAUCUUUUUCGGGAGAUAGUAAAACAAAUUUGUAAAUCGUAAAACCGGUCAGGCAGGAAUGGUCAACAUUGGCUCUAGAUCCCAAGUUAGGGAAAAUAGUCGGAGAAAACCCUCUUCAUGCUCAGCGUCAGGCUCCCAAUCUGUGGAAAUUGCUUGUGAGCACUAGACUCCCGACACCUGAACAUCCAAGAGGUAACACACCUUGUGACAAACCCAGAUGUCAAAUCUGUAAACACAUCAUUACUGACACCACAAUUAAAAUCGCAAAUAAUGUUACUCUGCACCCGCAGAGACAUGACCGCGAUGCCAGUAACGUGCUUUACUGUUUGUUCUGCGCACGCUGCCAUCAUGCAAUCUAUAUUGGUGAAACCAGCACGAAAUUCCGAAUGCGCUUCAAUAACCACAAAUCAUCUAUUCAGAAGAAACAUACCGACCUUCCUUAUGCCAGACAUUUCUGCCUCCCUGGACAUUCGGUAGCGGAUGUGAAAGUGCAUAUUUGGGGAGGAUACAAAUCAGCGAACGAGAGAAGAAUCGCAGAACUACGAGUAAUUGUUAAAUGUAGGAAUUUUGAGGGUGAUGGUAUGAACAGAGAUCUGGGAUUCCUAAGCGGAUAUUCAUUCUUUCAUUAGUUUCGUUAGUUUUGA